CGCGACACUGACACAAACGCCUCACGCCCACCACCUGCCCACAGUGAGCAGUAAAUCGUGGCCCAAGCGUCCCUCCUCUCUCCCCCUCCGACUUUUUGCUUGUGGGUAUAGCCGUCGCCUGGCCUUUACCCAAGUGCCUUGCUUGGAGUAAGUACCUUACCUAGGCAGUUUACAGAGCCUGAUUUGCCUGAUUUGCCUGAUCUUCUUCUGUAAGCCUCAGGUGCUCCUUCACCCACCACCGUUCAAAGACCAUCCAUCCACCACCCACGUUUCUUGUACCACUUUCGUUCCGAUAUUCUCCCAACGUUGGUCCACUGACACGCCAUUGUCGCGUCUUUAAAGCCAGGUAUCCUUCUUCUCGCUCCGUCAACCUUUAAAACAACCUCCCAUCCUACCCUCCUUCCUUCUAGAUCGCGCCGGCGUCGCCUAGCUACUAUCGAAAAGUUCCAGGCCGUCGCCAACCCAAGAUCUAACCCCCCUCCGAUUUGACAUCUACCACGAAAUCCACGACUCGCCAUCAUGCCAGACAUCAAACGAUCUAUCAAGAUCAUCACAGAGCAAAAGGUCAUGUACGUGACCACCUCCCCCUCUCCUCCCCCAUCUCAGGAACAUCUUCCUUCCCAGACUCCUUGAUCCCCCCAAAAUGUCCUCUAACACUCUUGUCAAUCGAUCUGACACGUCAUUGCAGUCCUGGCGCAGACAGUGGCAUGGAAGGCUUUCCCCUGCGACACUGGUCCAUGCGCAUCGUCCAACUGCACGCCGACACAAAACAAGAGAUUGACGCAGACAUCUUUGAGUCGGUCACUUACAAACUUCACGAAUCCUUUGGCCCAAAGGCGACACAGGUAUUCAAGAAGCCGCCAUUCCGUGUCUCCGAGGAUGGUUGGGGUGAAUUCGACUUGGCUAUUGAGUUCAAGGACUUGAGUGGCAAGGUCCAUCCAAUCAUCCACGACUUGAACUUUGGAAGCAACCGCUACGAGACGAAGCAGAUCCUCGUGUUCAAGAACCCCAAAGGUGCUUUGCUGGAUGCCCUGCGCAAUUCUGGCCAUAUUCCCGGUGAAUCUUCAACCAAUGGUGCAGAUGCCUCAAGCAAGAAGCGCGCAAGUGAGGUCGGAACAGGUGGUACCCAGAAGAAGAAGAAGGGCGCUGAUGGCAAAGCCAUUGACAUGGACAGACUGGCUGAAGGUCUCCAAAAGCUCGGCGAGGAUGAUCUACUGCAAGUCGUUCAGAUGGUUCACGACAACAAGACCGAAGAAUCAUGGAUGAGAAAUGACAUUGAUCAAGGCGAAUUUCAUGUCGAUCUCUACACUCUACCCGACAGCCUCAUCAAAAUGCUUUGGGAUUUCACAAGCGAAAAAGUUGCCAUCACUGCAUCUACCUAAUGAUUCUUCAUGACUCAAUUACGCUCAAUCUGAGAUCUGACCCGGCCACGAUUAUUGCUAUGCGUUGGGCCGUCCAUCAUCUUGUGCUUGAGACCUGAAACGAGUCAGACGAAACAGAGUGGCCUUAUGUAUCAACAUUCUUCCUCGUCCUUCCCAACUUUACUUCGAAGCGGUGGUGCUGGAUGUUGCCGGACUCAGCGAGCAGCAAUCGGAGUUUGCGACAUGGCGCGUCGAUUGGUCAUGAAAGAAUUUUGCAUCAUUAUUUGUCUCCAAGCCCACGAUUUUGUGAGCCAUUAGGGUCGAUCGGUCCAGGUGGGAUUUUUGAUUCCUAGGUUGAUCAGAAAGUUCGAAUCGACAAGCUAUUACUUUACGGAUGGACGGAUUGGGAGCACAUUGAGGUCGUCAACACUUACUAGUGAGUCAAGACUCGGACCUGAGUUGACCAAAAGGCCAAAAAAUCAACCAUGGGAACAGCAGGUGACGAUUGAAUGGAUGAGCUAUCAUCAAAAUCCAACGUGUCCUAUUUUGAUUCAACAAACCAAUUUCUGCAGAAAGAAAUUUUGGCCCAAGGCAAUCGGAAGAAUGAAAUUUUGAUGCUCAAUAAUAGACGAGAAGGUGUAGGUCGAUAAUGAGAUAUGAAGACAAUAAAAAGCACGGUGUGUAGACAUUCUCGGAGAAGAUGUUGCUCAGUGCUAUCAUGACCAGAUGCAAAAGUGAAUUGUGAUCGGCUAUUUAUCUGCCUACACGAUCCAUAGCACGAAUACACGAUACGAAUACAUAUACACAUGUUUACAC